AUGAUUAUGCAUCUCUCUCUCCUCGCCGCGACGGCGGCGAUGUUAAUGGCUGUUGCAACUGCGCAGAUCGGAGGUCAAGUCUUGCAGGUGGAGUUAUGGUGCGUAGCGAAGAACAACGCUGAAGAUUCGUCGCUACAGACGGCGAUGGACUGGGCUUGUGGGCAAGGCGGCGCCGAUUGUGGUCCGAUCCAGCAAGGUGGACCUUGCAACGACCCGACGGAUAUCCAGAAGAUGGCGUCGUGUGUUUUCAAUAAUUACUACUUGAAGAAUGGUCUCGCCGAUGAAGCUUGCAAUUUCAACAACAAUGCUGCUCUUACUUCCAUUAAUCCCAGUCAAGGAACUUGCAAAUUCCCUUCGAGUAAGAGACUGAGCAAUGGUCGAGUCGCGGAUGACACUUCAAUGGGUGCAGGACAAGCAUAUACGAGCCGCGGAAGACGGAUUUCCAGCAAUUGGAUCUUGUUCUUCAUUGGUUUUGUCAGCUUAUUGACGAUGAUGACACGGAUACUUCAUAAUCUUUAG